UCAACGAUUGACGUUGAAAACGUCAAAUCGGUGUGGACAUCGUGAAUAAGUAAACCAAUUAAAAAAAGUUUAUGUAAUUUUUCUGAUUAUUUCAAUGAUUGUGACGCAUACUACAAAAUACAAAAAACAAGUUUGAUCUACACGGAAUACGAGUAACAGUAAAUUCGAGGUUGUCAUACAACCCAAUACAACCUCUUUGCUCUGAAUGAACGUUGAAUACCUUAAUUGUUUUUAAGUUAGUUAAGUAUAUAAAUAUGCCAGAAAACAGUAAUUUGUGUCCUACAUCAAAGCCCAAAAGUCUGAGAAACAAAUCAAGGAAAUUUAAGAGAAUAAAAGUAUUAAAGAUGCUAGCAGUGAUGGAGAGGCAGCAGGGAGUAGUACCGGGUGAGCCCGUAAACUCGCACAGUCAAGAAUUUUUGACUUCUGGUCGUACAGGUCGCAGGAAUGCUCUGCCUGAUAUUUUGAGCGAGCAUGCGGUUGUCACGUCUGCAGACUUACCCGCACGUCUACAGGCCCUUUCGACACGUGACGAGGCAUCGACUUCUUCGUAUAACGCCCCCAAAACACCAGAGGGGGCGGGGCCGAGCAAACAAGGCGGGCAAAACAAUGCAGCGAGUUGAGAUGUUUGUAUUGUUGAAAGUCGACGUGAUGCUUGCCGUGGCAAAAUCUCUUUAAGGGAAACACAAUACAAAUAUAUUUUUUAUAAUUUACUUAAGAAGCAUUGACUUGCCGGUCGGGAGCUUUAAUUGUUUGUUUUUUUAUUGUAUAACAAUUGAGGAACAGAAUGUAUCUCCGUGUUUUCUUAGAUCACACACAUCUGGAGCAUAACAUGCUCAAAGCAUAGGCUUUUAAAUGGAUGAAUUAUUUGAGUGCUCAAGUUGUGUGGAUUUACUCUUUAGAAACUUGUCUUGAACUAUGAGAUUAUGUCUUAUGAUGAUGAGUUAAUGUAUACUAAUCAUCAUAAACUAGUACAAAAAAAAAUGUUGAUGAAUAUGCAAAAACAACAAAAUGAAAUAUAUUUAUUGGCAGUAUAUAACAUAUAUUUAUGGAUUAGAGUUUUAAUGUGUAGAAACUAAGUACUAACUACUUCCGCACAGUAUUA